UGCCCCAUGCCCUUCCCAGCCUAUCCCAGCCUCUCCUCUCUCCAUGACGCUACCUCCAUUCUCCAGGCAAUGCAGGGAUCAAACGAGCGGCUGUGGAGGCAGUUGCCUGCCCACCUCUCCUCUGUCAGACCCUCGAUCCUCAGACGCUGACAGGCAUGACCUUGCCACUUCUGCCCGGCAACAGCUUUAAACGCAAUGUGGGUAAGGAGAAGUUCCAUGAAUCUCAACAUCGGGGCUUUUGCAACAAUGUUAGGAUGCUGGUGAGUGAUGAGAAACCUGGAAUAGGUGGAGAACUGCUACUUGGCGAGAAGAUAAAGCCAAAGUACAGUACAUUUCCUAAAGGGGAUGGAGGUGAUGCACCCUCUUGGGUAGCUUUUGAUAAACAGGUGUUAUCUUUUGAUGCCUACUUGGAAGAUGAAGUGCCUGAUAAAAGGCAAGAAAGCUUUAGAAUAAGAUACUAUGAAAUCUAUUUCUACCUUGAAGAUGACACCAUUCAAGUCAAUGAACCAGAAGUGAUCAAUAGCGGACUGCCUCAAGGAACUUCUAUCAGAUGUCAUUGGAUUUCUCUGCCACCUCCUAAUGAUGACCAGUUUUAUACUGUGUCCCAUUUCAAUAUCAACAUAGAUGUUGUCCUCUAUGGCCGGAAAUUCAGGAUUUAUGAUUGUGAUACAUUUACAAAAAACUUUUUGAAUGGCCCACCUGGAGUCUAUCAACCAGGCCAGAUAACAGAUCGAGCUGUUCUCAAUAUAUAUGGUGGCUUAUCAGGGUGGCGAGCAAAUGGCUAUCUGUUGGAUAAAUACCGGCUAGGAAAAGUGAACGAGUUUUACACUGACCGUGACCUGUCCGCAGGAGCCACCCUCAAUGUGUGGGGAAGGAAAGUCCUCCUCUGUGACUGUGAUGAAUUUACCAAGAAUUAUUAUAAGACAAAAUAUAGAAUUGGUAACUUUACCGCCAUCUCAUGCAAGCCUCCUCCUCUUAAAAAAAUAGAAAGGAAAUUUCCACCUUACACUGGCUUUGGGUCUGAAGAGGAUUCUCUCUGUUCCUGCAUAGGCCUCAAGCCCACACCUCAUCGGAAGAACUUCAGGAAAUUCAUGGACUACGUCAGCCAUAGCAAUGUAAGCAAUAUACUCCGGUAUUUUGGAAAACUUAUCACAGAUAAAUGUGCUGAUGUGGACAGGUUGUUUGUUAUUGUAUUUUAUCUCAGCGAUAACACAAUUUCGGUGUUUGAACCUAUGGAGAGGAAUUCAGAUCUGUAG